AAUAUAAAUCAGAAUUGUGGCUGAUAGAUGCUAGGAUAGUAUCACUUGCAUGUGUAAAUUAGAUCUGUAGCUGCCUCUUUGUCAGGGUGUAGGCGGCUGGGGGGGAGAAGGGCUCGACACUGCAGAGUUGUGCUGGAACAAAUUACUUAUUAAUAUAGAACCGAAAUCAUGUAAUUUAAUUGAAACAUACAUCGCACAGUUGAGGCUGAAAAAAAGAACUGAUUGUGCAGGAAGCGCCAGGAUUAUAUCCGCGCUUCACCAACGGGAUAAGACAAGUGAACAGCAUUGUAAUUAUUGAGGCAAUAAUUAGAAAACGAACUGGAGUACAUCACCCUGUAACAUCGUAUUGCGGGGUAUAUAGUUGGGGUAUUGCUUGGUGGCUGCUGUUAGGAAUAAAUAGCGGGCACUUCAUGCAUAGGCCCCUCAAUCUAUUCAUUGUAAACUAUCAAUACGAGAAUAAAUAUCUUAUACGCCAUCUUCAAGAUGAGUGUCAAUUUCUGUGAUCAAGCUAUUAAAUCGUUGUGGGACCCCGCAUUCACUAACCAUGUUCUCCAGAGGGGAAUACGGUUCGAAGAUGUUACCGAACUGCACGUCACAAACUGCGGCUUGGAAUCAUUGGAUGGAAUUGAACGUUUCGUUAACCUAGAGACUCUAGAUGCCAGUAGUAAUCUAAUCGAUGCGUUUUCCUCGCUGUGGUGUCUGAGGAAAUUGCGCAAUGUCAAGCUUAGACAGAACAAGUUCAACUCUGUAUGCGUUACCCAAAUCAACGGCGUGGCUGUGCUGAUUGCCCUGGAUGAAGCAGAUGCCCCAAUGGAGCCAAUAUACACGCCAACGUACAAACUGUUAGACCUGGAGUUGAAUGAUAUAAGCUCUGUCCUGGCAGAGCCCGGUCUGACCGUGGAGGUUGAGUGCCUGUUGUUAGCUAAUAACCUCAUAACCGACAUCUCUGGAAUUUCUGCAUUCUCCGGAAUCAACACCCUCGAUCUCACGGGCAAUGUUAUCGUAGAUGGAGAAGCGCUGUCAUUGGUACCAUUCAACCCUGGUGUACGCAUAUUCAUGCAAGAUUGCACUGUUAUCAACGAUCAAUACCUACUGGAACUACUAAAGCGAGAUACGGACGCGGAGAUAAUAGCACCCGGAAGCGUGUCGUUCGACCACCCAAGGAUGACCAAGAUGCAGUCUUUAAAGUUAGAUGCUGUCCCACAAAAGGAGUUCAUGGAAUUCCAUUCAGAGUUUGCAGACUUCCGCUAUGUAGGAGAUAUUCUACCAUGCGAGUUGAAAACAGCUAGGGGAGAUGCAACCCAAAGAACGGGGAAACCACACCUGGUCGUACGUUCCCAGUACCCAGUCAAGUACUUGGACACCGUGUCCACCAUGGCAGACGUUGCAGAUGGUGACCGAGGGAUAAAUGUAACACACAAUGGAGAAACACUGCCAUUAGGAGGGGAUAACGAAACUGAUAGUACACUCUCAAUCAACACCCUGGACUCACCAACGGGAUGUUGUGAAGACACCCCUUCACUCAAGUACCUCAUCAACAACGAACCUUUCGGCCAGGAUUUCCAACACACACACAAUAUUGGCGAUAACAAAAUGGGAGCUCCAUGGGCUGAAAAAACCACCCAUGAAAUAUACUCACAGUUCGCACCUAUGCCCGACACAAUACGUAGGCACGCAGACUCCACAGCAUAAAUUAAUAGAACAUAUC